UCCAAGUUAAACCGAUUGCUUUGGACGAACUCCUCUUCUACAUUUUCAUCCAUCACGUCUGAAUUCCUCGUCUUGUCUUUGAUACGAUCAUUGUGUCCAAACUUCCUAUAACGGCCGCCACCUUACCCAAUCAUCGAUAGAUCGACCACUUAUCUGCUUCAAUAUUCCCUAGUACGCCCUGAUCUUGCCUCCUAAACCCAUAUCUAUAUGUCCCGGAUUCAAGCACCCCUUUGUGACCCUCUUCGCUGACCUCCGAGUCCAGCUAUUUGCCAUCUAACCGAUCACGACUCACCCCGCUCACAUCUUGCAAAGGGAAACCGAAGAGCUUACCCCCAUCGGAGAGAAACAACUCUGCAAACGCCUCAUGUUCCUUCACUCCCAAUCUCGCACUCCUCAUCGUUCUCCUGCUCUGCAACGAAGACCCUCGGACACCGAGCCUCUCGUCAUCGCCUCUGGCUCCGGGACCCAGGAUCACACCCAGAGCAGCCCUGCUCGCACCAGCCUCGUGAACGACCUCAACAGCAACGGCUCCUGCACCUACUCUGACGACGACGGUGACUACGACCAGCAGCAAUCCUCCUCUUCGUGUCCAGACAACAUGAACCACAAACAUCCUCACAACCUCUUGAACAGCAACAGCAACAAACUCUGCCACAAACGCUCAACAACUUCCACAUUCAAUACCUACUCCACGGCUCCCACGGCUCCCAUCGCCUCCUCCAGCAAAGUAAACGUGACCAACCCCUUCGAAGAUCCCUCCCACAUCGUCAACGAACCCUCACCCUCUGGUUCUUCCACCCCCUCCACAAUCCCCUCCGAUUCAUCUACACCCCAACCUCAUUCUCUCUACCGAAUCAAUCCCAACUCGAAUUCCUUUCACCCUCAUCCUCACCCUCCCCAUGCCCUGCAUAGCAACCACGGCCUAGACGGCACGGUCUCCGCCAACGCCGGUUUCACCGCCGGCACCACCGGCCAUGGCGUGCCCGUCCCGGUAAUCAACAAGCGAGCCCAUACUAGUACUACGAUCUCGUCAAGGAGAUCGGGCAGGUCGACUUCUUCCAAACUCUCGAAGAGGGUGAAGAAGUUGCCACGGGCGGUGAGGCGGGCGAUUAGGAGGUUUCUGAGACGAGUGACGGGGAAGAGCCGGAAGAAGGACAAGAUGAAGGUGACUUGGACUGCGCCGCAGGAUUGAGGCCGAGAAGCCUCAGAGGGAGGACAUGUCAGGAUGGAGAGG